AUGCGGCGGAACCGCGGCGGGCCCAGCUCGCCCUUCAGAACCAAUGGCGCCCCGAUCCCAGACUCCCUCUCCCUGAUCCGCUCCUUCAACAUCGAGACCAAUCCCACCCGCCCCGUGCGUCCCUCCCCGCUGACAGCCUCCACCAUCCCCGACAUGCCGCUCGACCUCGUGGACCGCAUUCGCUCGUUCCCGCUGUUCCUCUCAGCGCCCGACUCGUUCCUGGCUGCCAUUGGCAAGCACUUGAGACCGCAGGUGCACUCCCCGCACGAUCAUAUCUUGACGGAGGGCGAUGAGGCCAAGGCGAUGUACUGGCUGGUGCGGGGCGCGGUGGCAGUCACGUCGCGGGAUGGCGAGGCUACGUAUGCGGAGUUGAGGCCAGGCGCGUUCUUUGGGGAGAUUGGCAUCCUGAUGGACGUCCCGCGGACGGCGACCAUCAUCGCGCGGACGAAGUGUCUGCUGGUGGUGCUGAAGAAGGAGGAUCUGCGGACCGAGCUGCCGAAUUUUCCAGAGAUGGAACAAGCGAUUAUGGAGGAGGCUCAAGAGCGCUUGACGAUCUUGAAUAAGAAGCGGAAGGAGAGUGGGUUUGGGCCGAAAUUGGUUUCGACUUCUUUGCCGUCGAGAGGAGGGAAACUGCUUGCGCGGGAGGCGGCGCCGGGAGAGGUUUCGAUGGGUGAUGUGGGGAAGAUUGAGAAGGGGACGGUGAUCAAUACCAAGAAGCGGAAAUCGCCAAGUCCGCAAGGGAUUGAGGAUCCUGCGGCUGGAAGCGCGUUAGGAAGUGGGUUUGUGAAUGUGAGGAGAACGUUGAAGGAGUUACCACUUUUCUCAACGCUUCCUCCUGAAAUUCUUCAUUUUCUGGGCUUGAGUGCACAGCCGAAGACGUAUCCUCCGUUCACGGAUAUUAUUCUCCAAGGGUCGCCUGGAAGCGAGAUUUACUUUAUUGUAAGAGGAGAGGUGGAAAUCAUACAUGAGACGACAAAUGGCCAAUCUUUCAGUCACGCGAAUCAUGGACAUCCUUCUUACAUUCGGCCGAGAUUGAAGCAAGGGCAGUAUUUUGGUGAAGUCGCUAGUCUGGCUCUAGCACCCAGGAGAACAGCUACUGUUCGAUCAAUUACAACAGUAGAGUGUCUGUUGAUCAGUGGAGAGGUUCUGGAAGAGCUAUGGCGAAGAUGUCCUCCGGAUAUCAAGAAACAGGUGGAGCGAACUGCCAAAACUCGAAUGGAGCACCAGGAUGAAGAUGUGCAUAUGAUCGAUGUUGAUGCACCUUCAAUCAACGAUUUGGAACUUGAAGAUCGUGUCACGACACCUAUACGGACCAGUCUUCCACAAGUCACGUUCACCCCGUCGAAACCUGCCAGUCCGCACAAGCCAAGUAGAGCAGAGGAUAAGGAGGUUUUGGAACCUCUGGAUCCUGAUCCUUUCUUGAGUGUCGAUAUGGAUAAUAUGAGAGCGAGAUCAAGGAGAGGUUCUUAUGCUCCACCUGUUCCUGACACUCCACCACCAGAAGAGCAGAAAGUGCAAUCAGGUCCAAAAACGAGGUCGAGAACUCAAACUCCAACUCCGACAAAAUCACCACUAGCUAUGACACCGCCAGAUUCGAGCUUCCGUCCAAAGAGACCAAGGACGCAACGGAGGCCGAGUCAAUAUAAUAGAGGUGUUCUUCCGGAUCCAAUACUUAUUCUGAUAUUUUCGUAUCUCGACAUUUAUCAGCUUAUGCGGCUCCGAAGUGUGUCACUUCAUUGGUCAAAACUUCUCACUACAUCUCCGAAAAUCUGCAAAACCCUUGAUCUCUCUCUCUAUAAUCGCCAAGUUACCAACAAAGUACUAACUGACAUCAUCUGCCCAUUUGUUGGGAAACGACCAGAAACCAUCGAUAUCAGUAAUUGUUUCCACAUCACAGACGAAGGCUUCUCCGCCCUCUCCCAACAAUCCGGCUCCAACGUGCACGCCUGGAAAAUGAAAAGCGUCUGGGACAUAACCGCCAACGCCGUCCUAGAAAUGGCCAACAACGCCAAACAACUCGAAGAAAUCGACCUCUCCAACUGCCGCAAAGUCAGCGACAACCUCCUCGCCCGCAUCGUUGGCUGGGUCGUCACCGAACCCGCCCCUCCUCAACAAAACACCCGUUCCAAAGCCCUCCAACAACCCAACCCCGCCGCUCCUCCCGUCGGCACCGUAGUCGGCUGUCCAAACCUCAAACGCUUGACGCUGAGUUACUGCAAACACGUCACGGAUCGCUCCAUGGCUCAUCUAGCCGUCCACGCUCAUUCGAGGCUCCAGAGCAUCGAUCUCACGCGCUGUACGACGAUCACGGAUGGUGGGUUCCAACAUUGGAGUAUCUAUAAGUUUUCGAGGCUCGAGAGGCUCAUUUUGGCGGAUUGCACGUAUUUGACUGAUAAUGCGAUUGUGUAUCUAACGAAUGCUGCGAAGGGGUUGAGGGAGUUGGAUUUGUCAUUCUGCUGCGCCCUCUCCGACACCGCAACCGAAGUCCUCUCCCUCGGCUGUCCGCGCCUCCGCUCCCUCAAACUCUCCUUCUGCGGCAGCGCCGUCUCCGACUCCUCCCUCCGCGGCAUCGGGCUGCACCUGCUCGAGCUCAGGGAACUGAGUGUGAGAGGCUGUGUGAGGGUCACGGGCACGGGCGUCGAGGCUGUGGUUGAGGGCUGUAUGUAA